AUGGUUUCUAACCAACCCAGCUCAUCCAACUCGGCGCCGGAUACCCCUUUCAUCGUCUUUGACGAAGACUAUGUAAGCGAAUUGCGAGCACGGUUUAUUGAUCGAAUCGAUCCAGCAAGGUCUACCCUGUGA